UUAAAAGUUGUUUUUGUCUCUGGGUUGGAUAUAAAUAGUUGGGUAGGGAUUCGAACCUCAAAACCCUAAAUCCGACGCGCGUGGAUAACAGAUUAGCGGUGGAUACUGAUAAACCCUACGUCCAUCUGUUUGUUCAGUUCCGUUUAGAGAGAGAAAGUGAUGCUGUAUCAUAAUUUAUAGACACAGAUAAUUAUAAGAGAGAGAGAGAGGGAGGGGUCGAGUUUUUUUCCCGUGACUGCUCGCAGAGGAGGAAGAGAGAGAAAGGAGUGAAUAGAAAGAAGGAAACAUGGCGCUAAGGGAUUUGGUGAGUGGAGGCACCGCCUGCGCAGUUCCGGGGACUUCAUCUUCCUCCAAUCCCCUCGGUGUCCUCGCCAACACUUUUCUCGGCUCUUCUUCAAAAACCACGGAUAGAUUGAACGAGCUUCCAGACGUCGCAGUCGUUGGUCCUCAUGCUCCUGAUAUUAGGGGUCAUGACCCCUUGUCUUCUCUUCCGGGCGAGUAUGACCAUGAACAAAUUCAGUAUCCAGAUAACCAGGGCUCGGAAUUCCUCCGCAAAUUCCAUUCUGGUGGGCAUGAAGGCUUCGAAGUGGCAUGGAAUGAGGCUCAACAACCUCAUAUGCCUCCCAAUUUUCAGCAAAGAGAUAAUCCUUCCCUUUUUUCUACUUUUGAUCAAAUUUAUGAUGGUGUUAAUGCUCCUGUCUCCAGAUGGGAAGGUAGGCUUGGUCCACCUCAAAACAUUUUGUCUGGAUUUCUUCAUCAAUUUGUACACAGUAACCAGGCCGGCAUUCCAUUUUGUCCGGCAACACUGCCAGUUAUGGGUUUGUCUCAAAGAGACAAGCAUUGCAUACGUGACCGCAGUAGCAUAAUGGCACGCCACUUUUUUGCUGAUAAGAGUGAUGAUUAUAUUAAUGCACAGGUAAAUGCACUCCUACAUUCUUUAGAGAUUGAUAAUGAUCUUCAAGCGAGGGGGCCUCCACAUAGAAGAUUCCCGGAGUUAAAGCAAUAUUGGAAUGAAUCGCAAGGUGCAGCAAAAUUUGAGGCGCCUCAUGCUGAGGACAGAUGGGUUGCUGAGUACGACCAGUUUAGGCCAGCGGAAGGCCCAGAGUCAUGGGCAAAUUCCUUUGAGCAACAAUAUGGUGUUGAUUCAUGGGCUUCCCAAUUUGAGCAGGAACAGUCACAAGUGUCAUCGCUUGGUCGAAUGACAGGCAGGAACAUAUCAAAUAUAGCAGCUAUGGAGCAGACUCGCAUGCUUGCUGAGACAUUAGCUCAAAAUGAAGAUCCAAAGUUUCAGAACUCAAAGUUUCUUCAGUUUGUAUCAAAGAUGAGUCGUGGGGAGCUUAUUGUUGACAACAAUCAAGUCAAGCCUGCUGUGCCAUCUCAAUCAAGUGGCUGGGUUGAGGAGUUUGAUCAGCAGCAUAAUAAUAAUAUAAAUUCCUGGGCUGAUCAAUUUGCAGGAGAGCUUCCACAUACUGAAAAUGCAUGGAUACGCGAGUUUGCGAAUGAACAGCAGCAGCGUGGAAACACCGAGGAUCAAUGGGUCAAUGAGUUCUCCAAGCUGCAUCUGCAAGAUUGGGGUGAUGAGUUCCAUGAUCAGAUGUCCAAGGGUGCUUUUGGAGAUGGUCCGACUGAUCAUUGGGCUGAUGAAUAUGACAAGUUUCUUGAAGAGAGUUUGGGGCCGGUCCAGAAGCCAUCAGGUUCUUCAAGUGGGAUCUAUGUUUUUGCUAGUCAGAAUCCUUAUGUUGGUCAUCCAAAUCCUCUUAAAGAAGGUCAGGAGCUAUUUCGUAAUGGGCUUUUAAGUGAAGCAGUGCUCGCUUUGGAGGCUGAAGUUUUGAAGAAUCCUGACAAUGCUGAAGGAUGGAGGUUGCUUGGAAUUGCAAACGCUGAAAAUGAUGAUGACCAGCAGGCUAUUGCGUCAAUGAUACGUGCAAGGGAUGCUGACCCUACAAACUUGGAAGUACUUCUUGCUCUUGGCGUAAGCCACACGAAUGAGCUAGAACAGGCGGCAGCUUUGAAAUACCUUCGUGGAUGGCUUCAACAUCAUUCGAAGUAUGGGACACUUAUCCCUCCUGGGGAACCUGAUGUUCUUGUGCAUGCUGAUGUUGCUGGAUAUUUUAAUGAAGCUGCUCGAAUGGCCCCAGAGGAUGCUGAUGUCCAUAUAGUUCUCGGUGUGCUGUACAACUUAUCCAGGGAAUUUGACAAAGCUAUUGCAUCCUUUCAAAAGGCAUUGAAACUCAAACCACACGAUUAUUCUCUCUGGAACAAACUUGGUGCUACUCAGGCAAAUAGCGUUCAAAGUGCUGAUGCAAUAUAUGCAUACCAACAGGCUCUAGAUUUGAAGCCUAACUAUGUUCGCGCAUGGGCCAAUAUGGGAAUCAGUUUUGCAAAUCAGGGUCUCUAUGACAAGUCCAUCAGCUACUACGUGAGAGCACUUUCAAUGAAUCCUAAGGCGGAAAAUGCAUGGCAGUAUCUGAGGAUUUCUCUGGGGUGUGCUUCUCGGUACGAUAUGUUGAAUGCAUGUGAUACUCGGAAUCUUGAUGCUCUCCAAAAAGAGUUUCCACUGUGAUGUCCUUUUCAAACAUUGGUCAUCGUAAAUUGUUUGAUUCCCAUGACUCAUUCCUUUCUCUCACUAGGAUUGAAGAUGGGUUUGUAAAGCUAGUAUCUCACUGCAUUCUCAAUGGAUCUUGGCUAGAGGAGUUUCUGGUUUGGUGUGGGAGGAGAGAGUAAGUUGGGAAAAAGAAUAGAAAGUCAUAAUGAUUGUCCAUCAUCAGUGAGCCAUUAGGGGUGCCUAUGAAGUCACCAGGUGAUUGCAUUUUAGCCAAACCUUGAGAGAUAGUGGCUCACAGCAUAAUAAAGGGGAUCCUCGGCACCACAUUUUCGAGCAUGAUGCGACUGUAAUAAUAUCAUCAAACUUGCUUGUAAAACAUGGUCAUGGAUGCCCUUGUACAACACAUAAAAAGAUGUGGAUCAUUAUAGAUGAAAUUAUUUGUAGGCUAUCUAUAUAUAAGGGUAGUUGUUGGCCAUCCCAACUCUCCUUUCUCUCUCUCUCUCGCUCUCUCUCUCAUUACUUUCAUUGUCAGUUGUGGGGCUAGUUAGCGAGAGCACUACACCUGAGCUUCGUCAAGAAAAUUUGGAAUAAAAUUUGAUGUCUACUA